AUGGCAUCCGAACCAGCCGAGGAAGCAAUCGCUAACUUUGUCAGCUUCACAAGUACAACGCGCGAGCAAGCUAUCGCGUUCUUGAAGGCGAACAAUCUUGAUUCACAGAAAGCGAUCAACGCGUACUUCGAAGAUCCGACAGGACCCCAGCCUGAGCCGAAGCAACAACCUACCUACUACAAUGAUAAAAGAGGACCUUGGGCUCCGACGUGGGGUUGGGACCAACAAGACAAUGCGCCACCAAUACCAGCGACCGCGCCGCCCACUCGUCCUCCUUCCCGAACCAAUAUACGUACCCCAGACCAAAGCACUAGACCUCAGAGCUCUGGCAUAACUGCUCCACAAGAAAGCUCUGAACAAGGCCUCAGCCUGGCGGAACGUGAAGAGAAAGAACUACAACAGGCGGUCGCUAUGUCAUUGAGCUCGGACAUAGGACAGCAAGAAACCGGGGUGACGUUGAGCAGCCAACCGCAGUUCAACAAAGCAACCCGGGAUCACUAUGACGAGGGUGCCUGGGCGAUGACACUGUUUAACACAUCUUCCGAGGAAGUCAUGAUUAGUCCGGACCCAGAAGAUCGCAAGAGGGUUGAAGGAGAGCCUGCAUUUAUCCGUCCUAGCCAAGACGGUAUAUACCUCGGAGGGCUUCUGACUAUUCUCCAUAAUAUUCCGCUUGCGCGUGAAGCGCUGCUGCUGCGGAACAAACCGCUGUUUGACUAUGGCCAUGAAUCGCAGUGGUGGAAUGGGCAGUCCGUCAAUCUGCCAAAGAUUGUCACUGUGAAUGAUCACGGAGACGUGGAUAGCGACUGGGACGACAUCAUUCAUGAGACCCAGCGACUUAUGGCUUUCAUGGAUGGCACCAAGCGCGCUUUUGGCAGUGCUGACAGCCUGGCAAGAAUCAAAAGUAUGUCAUCUAUCUCGUCAGACUCGGAGGAGAUUGUCGCCAGGUUCUUGGAAGCAUGGCAUGGCGCAGCUAUUCGGGCAGAUCCCGAGAACCCAUUGACAACUUUGUUUACGUCACAUGCAUACAAAAAAGAACUUUUUGAUGAAUUUGAGGAGCCCAUCAACAAGGAGCUUUUUGUAUUUGAGCCUGCGGUUGAACAGGACCAUGGCCAAACACUCUAUGAGGUACUAGACUCGGCAUUCUGGUCCGAUAGACCAGGAGAAGAGCUUGACGACACAUGGCUUGAACAUGUAGCAGAGGUGCUGAUAUUCAAGGUUGAUGCUCUUCAAAAGCCGAAUCCUCUGGGUGUGGAUAUUCCUUCCGUUUUCUAUCCAGAUCGCUAUCUUAGCAGCUGCCGGGAGUUUGCUCGGGAGUUCCGCUCAAAGCGACAGCAAAUCCAAGGGGAUGUAUUGCAACUUGAAAGCCUCAUAUAUCGCUAUACCUUUCCACGAGACCCUGUGAGCAGCUUAACAAUCACGGAUCUCCUCGCGGAAGCUGCCAAAGCUGCACCAAAAGUUGUACCAGAGCAAAUGGAUGGGGUUGAUCCUUCCACCCCUGGAGUGGCAGGUACAGAGACGAUGCGAAUUGCAGACCAAUUGAGAGAGAUUGCGACAAGGAUAGAAGCCAAGCUCCACGAACUGGAACUGAGAAAGCAGAGUGCUAUGGAAUCUCUUCGUGAGAUCUCAAAGAUCCUUACUGAAUCUUCCGAAUCGCCUUCCGAGCCUCCUGUCCACAAGUAUACCCUGCGAGGUGUGUGCACCGAACCACAUGUGAUUUACGUUCUAUCAAACCCCAAGUCAACCGCCCCGGCUCACUUGAUGGAUUUGGACUCGAACACCGAGAACAGCGGUAACUACGAAUGGUGGCGCAUCAGCUUCUCCGCGGAGGACGGAAAGAUGCGGCAAGCCGAGAAAAGAAAGGCCACAAGCAAUUCCACGAAUUCGGAUAAUGGUGACGUUAUCGGCUACAAUGUUCGGAAAGUCCAUGAGGUUGAAGUGCUUCAAGCGGCCUGCGAAGAGGGGAGCUCCGCCUUGCUAGUUUAUGCUAGUGAGAAUGCAAUGAAUGCAUCAGUGGAUUCUGCACCGCCACAGUUACAGGGAUUCGUGAAUAGAGACAAUGAUGCCUUUGCAGGUGAAUUCGAGAACACCCCUACGAUAGUAUUUAGUGAUCAGGAAGAUGCUUGGGGUGAGUCUAAUAGCGGGGAGAUCCAGGCCAAAGAGCAAAAGCCGGAAAUGUCGACGAAAGCUUCUCAGGUAAAUGUCUUUGAUUACGAAGUUUCUGCGUUCGACGACGAGCAAAAGCCCAGCCAAGAGAUGCAGGAGAGGAGCGGUAUAAGCCUCCUAGGUGCCACUGCAACGAAGUCUGCGGUACCAACUACAUCCCAGGCCGUUUCAGGUUGGAACAAUGAGGUGGAUGAAGACAUGUCGAAUCAUCUUGAGCAUGAAAAAUAG